CCUGAGAAUCAUCCUUCGCCGUCGUCUCGACUCAAAACCCUAACCCUAUCGGUCUGUUUGGCAUCGCUUCCCUUCGUCGCGGAGGAGCGGCUCAUCAACCAUGGAUAGGUACCAGAAGGUGGAGAAGCCACGGCCGGAAUCGGUCAUCAAAGAGAACGAGAUCCGAAUCACCAGCCAGGGCGUCGUCCGCAACUAUGUCAGCUACGCGACUAGCCUCCUCCAGGAAACACGUGUUAGAGAGAUUGUCUUAAAGGCAAUGGGACAGGCAAUCAGCAAAGCAGUGGCGAUUGCUGAGAUUAUAAAGAAAAGAAAUCCUGGAUUAUAUCAAGACACCACAAUCAGUUCAGUCAGUAUAACUGAUGUGUGGGAACCUAUUGAAGAGGGUCUUGUACCUUUGGAGACAACACGUCAUGUUUCAAUGAUUUCAAUAUCUUUGUCAACCAGAGAGCUCAACAAGAACUCCCCUGGGUAUCAAGCACCCUUAGAGCAGCCAAGACGUCAACAAAGAUAUCAACAACCGCAACAGUUUCAACAGCAACAGCAGUUUCAACCAAAACAACCACAAGAUCAAUUUAAUGAAGAUUCAUAUGUACGAGGACGUGGUAGAGGUAGAGGAAGAGGAAGAGGGAGGGGUUGGGGAAGAGGUUAUGGUGGGUAUGGUGGAUAUGACAACAACCAGGGUGGAUAUGGCAACUAUCAAGGAGGAUAUGGUGGCUAUGGCUACAAUCAAGGUGGAUAUGGUGGAUACAACCAUGAUCAAGAAAAUGGUGGAUGGAACUCAAAUUGGGGUCGUGGUGGUGGACGUGGUAGAGGUGGCUGGAAUUAUAGUGGCGGAGGAUACGGAGGAGGAAGGGGUGGUGGUGGAAGGGUUGGUGGAAGAGGCUAUAGCCGUGGACGAGGAAGGAUGGGUGGCCGUGCCAGAGGGAACCAGUUCUAAUGUCCUGAUGUUGGGCUUGGGAUAGUUGUGCAUGCUUGUUUACGUUAGGGCAAAAAAGGUUAUUUAAGUACUUAUUUAGGGCAUCAACUGUGAGUUAUGAUUGUGCAAGACCAAGCUUUGAUGGUAAGAGAAGUGGUUGUGCUUUCUCAGUUACACGGUUAUGUUGGCUGCCCAAGCUAGAAUUUUGUUUUCCAGGAUUGUGAUCAGCAGAGUGCUGCAAUCUGCUCCAUCUUUCUUUGUUCAUAUCAAAUAUUAAUCCAUACUAGUGUAUCUGAAAUUCUAUUACUUGUAGCAUUGAGUAUCUGCUUUGCUUUCUA